AUGGCAGUGAAGAUUCCCUCACAAAUCAAAGAUGUAUGGGACGCAUGGAACAUCAGGGGAUUGGUAAUUCUCAGUCUCUCAAUUCAGACAAUCCUCAUUGUCUUUGCUCCUUUGAGGAAACGAACACCCAACAGGUUCCUGGCUUUGCUCCUGUGGUUGUCUUAUCUCCUAGCAGAUUGGUCUGCAAACUUUGCAAUAGGUCUCAUUGCCAAGAAUCAAGGGAAAGAAUCAAAGCCCGACGAUCCUCCUCAAGACCAGAAGCUCAUGGCUUUGUGGGCACCGUUCUUGCUCUUACAUCUUGGUGGACCAGACACCAUCACUGCAUAUUCUCUCCAGGACAAUGCCCUUUGGCUCAGACACUUCCUCGGCCUUGCUUUACAGGCUGUUUCAGGUGCCUAUGUGGUUAUCCAAUCUCUACCCAACUCUCUUUGGGUGAUCAUACUGCUUCUGUUCAUUGCUGGGACCUGUAAGUAUCUCGAGAGGACAAUUGCAUUGUACCUCGCAAGCUCAGACAAGUUCAGGGGCUCAAUUCUCAAGGUGUCUGAUUCGAGUUCCGAUGAGACCCACCGCCUGGAGAAGGCAGAGGACUCAGUGCAAGAGUAUGCUAGACUGCGGAGACCUUUAGAGCUAGAAGAGCACGAUGGAGAUUUGACGCACUUAGAGAUUCUCCGGUUUGCUUUCAGAUUCUUCAAUAACUUCAAGAGCCUUAUGGUCAAUAACAUCUUUAGCUCUGAGCAACGCGAAGAGAGCAGGGAAUUCUUCAGUCAAUUAGACCACGAAGUAGCUUUGAGAGUUUUAGAAGCCGAGCUCGGCUUUAUCUAUGAAGGUCUGUACACAAAAGUCUCGGUUCUUCAUAGUUGGGUUGGAGCUGUGACCCGGACAAUAUCCUUGGGAUCUCUUGUGUCGGCAUUCUGUAUCUUUCAUUUUAGACCAAAGAAUAGCCAUGAGUUUCAUGGAGCCGAUAUCGUGAUCACCUACACUAUGUUCUUAGUUGGAAUAUCUCUGGACUUCGCAUCUAUCCUCAUGAUCAUUCCAUCAGACUGGACACUGGCUGUCGUCAGGUUUUCACAGAUAGACCCCACACUCGACUGGUUCCUUGGUUUAAAGAAACUGCGCUGGAAGAAGGAAAAAUGCUGUGCAGGAGUCGAGCACGAGGUGCUUCACACACCGUUUCUACUCCAAAGAUGGGCAGGAAGCCUCAAGCAGUUUAACUUCAUUGCAUACUCUGUGAAAGCAGACACAAAGAGAAUCCAUGGCGCCAAGGGUCGAAAACGCCGGCGUGCAUGGAAGGCUAUCCUUUUCCUCUUCGUUUGCAUUAUAAACUUCUUCAAGAAACUGUGUGAAAUUAUCGCCAUUUGGCAUCACAGAUUUCACCAGUACGUCAGAGAUGUCAUCAAUGAUUGGCCGAUGUGUAUCAUUGUCAUUGUUGAGUUCUGGUUCACGAUACCUCACUUUUUCAAGUUUAUUUGGAGCUACAUCACAAACCCCCUCGACAUCAAUGCUCUAGACGAGUUCAUUCCGCAAAGAUUCGUACACAGUGAGCCCUUAACAAAAGACGUGUGGGUUAUGAUAUUCACUCAGCUGCAAAGCAAACUCCAGCGUCCGAACAGGCAGGAGGGAAGCACAACAAAGGCUGGAAGGAGAGGAUGGGCUUCUGGUGACACCCACUUAGAAAAGGAAGAGCUAGAAGGGCUGACUCGUUACAUAGCAGCUGUCGAUUAUGACCGGAGCCUUAUGCUGUGGCACAUAGCCACCGAGCUCUGUUACCAAGAAGAACCUUCCUCCAAAGAGAAUCACAACGAGCGUGAGUUCAGCAAAAUCAUCUCGGACUACAUGAUGUAUCUUCUGAUGAAGCAGCCAAAGCUGAUGUCAGAGGUUGCAGGCAUAGGGAAGGUCAGAUUUAGAGACACGUUGGCCGAAGCUAAGAAGUUCUUCAGGAGAAAGUAUAUUGAAAACUCGAGGGAUGUGAAAACGGCAAGGGAUGAGAUCCUUUCGGUUGGUGUAGACUUUGAUCCACGGGAAUUCAAAGGAAACAGAAGCAAAUCUGUGCUGUUCGAAGCAGCAGCGCUGGCCAAAGAACUGGAAGAGGUGAAGACAGACCGUGGUGAGAAACACGUGUGGAGGAUGGUGAGCAAAGUGUGGAUGGAGCUGCUAUUCCACGCAGCAUGCAACUCUGAUGCUACGGCGCGUAUGGAGCAGCUUAGCAAAGGAGGAGAGCUGAUCAACUUUGUUUGGCUAGCAAUGGCUCACCUCGGCCUCGGAGAUCAGUUGAGUUCGUCAGCUAAAGAGACAAUGAAGCUAAAAUGGAUUUAA